GGUUUCUGCUUUCGUGUUCGGGUUUAGUCCCUCUCUUUGAGUGCGUUUUUAUAAGUCCGUUAGUGGCUAGAAGGCUGUAAGGACACGGUGACAUCAUGCCACCCACAAUCACUGCCAACAAGUCGCAUGACUUUAAGGCCCACUACGAUCUCGCCCAUAUGCAGGAUGGAGAGACAGACGAUGCAUACGUGCAGAGAAUCACGAGAUACUCUGAUGGAACUGUCAAAUUGCGCAACUCGAACAUUGAGCUGAUGGACCAGGAUAUUCUCUAUCAUCUGGCUUUGGGCAGUGAGAGUCAUGAUCUGCAAGAGAUGUUUGGCGAUGUUAAGUUCGUUUGCAUGGGCGGAACACCGAAGCGCAUGGAGAACUUUGCACACUUCAUUAUGGACGAGAUAGGUUACAAGCUGCCCGCUGGCACCCAGCUGCAGGACAUCAGUGCCUACUCGUAUCGCUACUCGAUGUACAAAGUUGGUCCUGUGCUUUGUGUCAGUCACGGCAUGGGAACGCCCUCGGUCAGCAUUCUGAUGCACGAGAUGAUCAAGCUGAUGUACCAUGCCAAGUGCAUUGAUCCGAUCUUCAUACGCAUCGGCACUUGUGGCGGCAUCGGAGUGGAGGGCGGCACUGUCAUCAUCACCGAGGAUGCCCUGGAUGGUCAGCUUAGGAAUUCCCAUGAAUUCACCAUUCUUGGCGAGACCGUGCACCGUCCGGCCAAGUUGGACAAGAAGCUGGCCCGUGAUCUGAAAUCCCUGCACAGUGCCGACGAUCCCUAUGACACCAUCAUCGGCAAGACCCAGUGCACAAAUGAUUUCUACGAGGGCCAGGGCCGCCUGGAUGGCGCCUUCUGCGAGUUCUCCGAGAACGAUAAGAUGGCCUACCUGGAGAAGCUUCGCGACCAUGGUGUGGUCAACAUCGAAAUGGAGAGCACCAUCUUCGCAGCCCUGACCCACCAUGCCGGCAUUAAGGCAGCCGUCGUCUGUGUGGCUAUUCUGAAUCGUCUGAACGGCGAUCAGGUGAACGCCCCCAAAGAGGUCCUGCACGAGUGGCAGCAGCGCCCCCAGAUACUUGUGGCACGCUACAUAAGGAAGGUGCUAACCCGCGACGGCCAGCUGAAGAAUCUGUUCGGGCAUCAGGGAUCGAUAAAGUCGCCCCGUCGCUUCAAGCUCGUCCAGCAGGAGUCCCAGGCCCACGAGUAGACACUCGAUCAUCUUGCCUGUCCCUAUCAUUUGAGGAUACCCUCUACGAAUAUCGGUGUCGCAUCUCUCCAGUAUACAAUGGUGUUUCAACAUUCCCUAGUUUAGCUCUGCUUAAGUUCCUAGUUUCAUUUCCGUGUAUAUCAACCUCAUUAGCUUAUUUAAACCCAAGCAUAUUGUAUGUAUAUUCAUUUAGCAAUAAAAUGCUGAACUGCGUUCCCUACGUCCCACAAAAA